GGGAAGUUUCUCCUGUGAGCCCUGCCUCGCUCGUCCGAAUUCGGUGGCGCCACGUCCGUCCGUCUCCGCCUCCUGCACAGCGGCUGCGCCUCUACUUUCCCUGGCCAAGCCGGCCGCGGGGGUGGGUACGGGAGGACGCGCGGAGCUGCGCAGCCGGCCACCUGACGGGCGACCAUGUCGGACAUCGGGGACUGGUUCAGGAGCAUCCCGGCCAUCACGCGCUACUGGUUUGCUGCCACCGUCGCGGUCCCUUUGAUCGGCAAGCUCGGUCUUAUUAGCCCGGCCUACUUCUUCCUCUGGCCCGAAGCCUUCCUCUAUCGCUUCCAGAUAUGGAGGCCGUUCACUGCCACCUUUUAUUUCCCUGUGGGUCCAGGAACUGGAUUUCUUUAUUUGGUCAAUUUAUAUUUCUUAUAUCAGUAUUCUACACGGCUUGAAGCAGGAGCUUUUGAUGGGAGGCCGGCAGACUAUUUAUUUAUGCUUCUCUUUAACUGGAUUUGCAUCGUUAUUACUGGCUUAGUCAUGGAUAUGCAGCUGCUGAUGAUUCCUCUGAUCAUGUCGGUACUUUACGUCUGGGCCCAGCUGAACAGAGACCUGAUUGUAUCAUUUUGGUUUGGAACACGAUUUAAGGCCUGUUACUUACCUUGGGUUAUUCUCGGAUUCAACUAUAUUAUUGGAGGCUCGGUGAUCAAUGAGCUCAUUGGAAACCUUGUUGGACAUCUUUAUUUCUUCCUGAUGUUCAGAUACCCAAUGGACUUGGGAGGAAGGAAUUUCCUGUCCACACCUCAGUUUUUGUAUCGCUGGCUACCCAGUAGGAGAGGAGGGAUGUCAGGGUUUGGUGUGCCCCCUGCUAGCAUGAGGCGAGCUGCUGAUCAGAAUGGCGGAGGCGGGAGACACAACUGGGGUCAGGGCUUCCGGCUCGGAGACCAGUGAGGAGCAGCCCCUGGCCUGCCCACCAGCCAUGCUAAGCAGAUGACAGUUUCCUCCCAGUGCUGGGCACGCUUAAUGGCCGAGUUCUUGCUGCCGCUCUUGGACCUAACCCACACUGAAUGUAGUCUUUCAGUACAAGACACAUUUUUAAAUCCUGAAGGAAAAUACAAGUGUUCUCAAGUUUCAUGAUUCUCAUUCAAGUCCUUACCGCUAUGAAGAACAAAUAUCAGCUGUGCAGAUUUCAAAACUGACUCAUUUUCUGGUGUCUUCUCUUCCUCCCCUUCCAUCUGAAUAAUGGGCUGGGCAAGUGGGAUUGAUUAACCAAGUCAUGCCAGAGGGUCCUUUCCUUGCUCACACCCACAUCCCCAGAGAUGUGCCUAGAGUUGUCCGAAAAAUUGGUUUUGCCUUUGACAAACUCUUAUUUAUUGACUUUUGCCAAAGCUUGGUCACAGAGCUUGUCGCAUGUCAUUCUCGCUGUCAGCAGCAGGAUGGUAACAGUGGGGAGAAGACUGGCACAGCGGAGGGGGAGCUUUCUUAGCCAUGGGGCCUGCACCAGCCUGUCAGCAGUGCCGCCAUUUGCCGCCUUCACAGAUACUUUAUACAAAAAGAACCAGUCAGUGAGGGCCCAGAUUGGGAACUGAGUUUUAGGAGUUGUUGCUAGGCACUUUUCUCCCCUUAAGCCAAGUGAUCAAAAGCAUAGUGGACUUGCUUCUAACUCAGAGGAUGGGUUUAAAUAUGAUCCCUUUGUGUUUCUUCUGUGGGGUGAACUGGCUUUGUGUAGCCAAAGCAGUUGUGCCAGGCUGUGUUGUGUUAGGUUCCAAAUCACAUUGGCCAGACAGAUGUCCCUGGCGGCAAGCUUCGGGGCAUUCAUUCAUUUUACCUUCAUUGUGGAUGUGUGGUCAUUGAGUAAGUGGAGGCGAGAGUGUUGGACUCUAAAGUUUUCUUCCGUUUGUUGUUGUUGUUGUUGUUGUUUUUGUCUCUUAACUUUUUUGGUCAUUAACUUUUCUGUUUAUGGUGAGGGAAGUACAGCCCUUCAGAUAUGUGUCGAUCAGUUUUUAAGGUAAUACAGGCACAUCUGAAUAAGUCACUCAUAAUUAGAGGUUCCGAUAGCUUUAGAAUCAUUCAUGUGUGAAGGUCUUUAUUUUCUUGGGUCCUGCAUGUAUACACUUUGUGGAUCAGCCCUACUUCGUUUUUAUAGGUGGGCUUUUGCCAGCAAAGCUCGGCUUAUCACUAAAUAAAGUUUUCUGAAGGCUA